AUACAAUCUAUCAUCAGGACAGCUGUGCCAAAAAGUAAGGAACCGCAGAAGAAGCCCAAGACGCACUGCUUGUUGCCGGCGGUUUUCCCGACUUUACAACACAGUCAUUUUCUUUUUAGAAGUUGUCCCGCGGGCGCUUACCUCUCCUUCAAUUGAUUUGGAGGAUACUCUUUUACGUUCUUUACUGCUUCCCUCGCCUUCCUGUAUGGUCGUUGAGCGAUCAAGGAGAUGGCUGUGAAAUCGCGAUUCACUAGGCUCGAUGCCUUUGCCAAGACAGUUGAGGACGCUCGCAUCCGGACCACCUCCGGCGGUAUCAUCACCAUCGCCUCGCUACUAGUUGUUUUAUGGCUUGUCUGGGGAGAAUGGUUGGAUUACAGACGAGUGGUUGUCCUCCCUGAGUUGGUAGUGGAUAAGUCGAGAGGAGAGAAAAUGGAGAUCCACUUAAACAUGACUUUUCCACGCCUCCCAUGUGAGCUCCUUACCCUCGACGUGAUGGAUGUUUCUGGUGAACAACAGACCGGCGUGGCGCAUGGCAUAAACAAGGUGCGCCUGAGUUCGCCAGCAGAGGGCGGCCAUGUCAUCGAUGUCAAAGCUCUGGAACUUCAUUCGGAGGGCGAGGCUGCGAAGCAUCUCGACCCCAAUUAUUGUGGCGAUUGUGGCGGAGUCCCCUCUCCCUCUGGCGAGAAGCGGUGCUGUAACACUUGUGAGGAAGUCCGAGAGGCCUAUGCUCAACAACAAUGGGCUUUCGGAAAGGGUGAAAACAUUGAACAAUGUGAACGCGAAGGUUAUGCGCAACGUCUCGACGCCCAGCGCCGAGAGGGCUGCCGCCUGGAGGGUGUUCUCCGCGUGAACAAAGUAGUCGGAAACUUCCACAUUGCUCCUGGUCGGAGCUUCACCAGUGGAAACGUCCACGUUCAUGAUCUUGAGAAUUUCUUCGAGGGCGGCCUCCCCGAUGCAGAGAAACACACCAUGACCCAUAUCAUUCACCAGCUCCGGUUUGGCCCUCAGCUUCCAGAUGAACUGUCGGAUCGCUGGCAGUGGACUGACCACCACCACACCAACCCGCUCGACAACACCCAGCAAGAGACCAAUGAUCCUGCAUUUAACUUUAUGUACUUCGUCAAGGUUGUCUCGACUUCCUACCUGCCACUUGGCUGGGAUCCGUUGUUCUCCUCGUCUGUCCACAGCGCCUACGAAGAUUCCCCGCUCGGUACCCAUGGAAUCGCCUAUGGCUCUCAAAGCAGCAUCGAGACGCAUCAAUAUUCUGUGACCUCGCACAAGCGUUCUCUGAGAGGCGGGGACGCCGGUGACGAAGGCCACAAGGAACGUCUGCAUGCUGCAAAUGGCAUCCCCGGCGUCUUUUUCAACUAUGAUAUCUCCCCCAUGAAAGUAAUUAACAAGGAGGCGCGGCCCAAGACGUUCACUGGGUUCUUGACUGGAGUCUGCGCUAUCAUCGGUGGUACUCUUACUGUCGCAGCAGCCAUAGACCGUGGCCUGUACGAGGGUGUUCUCAAGGUCAAGAAGCUCCAUUCGAAUUAAAUGUGGGGUUCUACGACGAGGAAUUGACCCUUCGAAAGGAAAAUAGGGAAACAAAAAGAUUUCAAUACAAAUAUUCAUAGAGGCUAUAAGCACAUUGAUGGUCAAAGCAGAGCAGUAGAACAGGAGGGGGUGUGGUUCUGGAGGGCAAAUUCGGCAGUCAAGGCGUUUGGGUACAUGUGCAUAUUUUUUGAUAUACUUAGCAGCAAGUGUUUGGUGUUUUUGGCACCCUUAUAUCUCAAGUCUUUCGGUGCUCAUAUGCACAUUCGCAAAUCUUGGAAAGACUGUUCUAUAGUGACUCUCAGCAAUUCCUAGGCCAAACAAGGCGAACUAAAACACUCUAACCAGUCUAUAGAUUCAGUCAGAAUCCGGGAAUUCUCUUCCACUGCUACUAUACGCGCCCUCUUGACACAGACGCAGAAGAAUGUUCCCUCGUCUCCUUGUUUCUCCCAUGACUCUUCCUCUACUUACGAGGCGUACUGGGAUGAGAC